CUCAACUUUUUCCGACCAGAUUAAUACAGUCCGUUCAAAAUGGCCUCAAAGAAGCUUGUUGUUGCUGGAGGCAGUGGAUUCUUGGGUUCAAGAAUCUGCAAAUCAGCUGUUGCUAGGGGUUGGUCUGUCACAUCUCUUAGUCGCUCCGGAGAACCGCGGUGGGAUACAAUUACGAGCUCAAGCCAGUGUCCGGGAUGGGCUAGGUCCGUAGAAUGGGCUAAGGCCGAUAUUCUGAAGCCGGAUUCGUACAAGUCUUUCUUGCAGGGAGCAGCGGCAGUUGUUCACAGCAUGGGCAUCCUCCUCGAGGCCGAUUACAAGGGCGUGGUUCAAGGCCGGGAGCCAAUUAUUUCGGGAUUACAGAGAGCUUUCAAGUCGUCAAAGCUUGGGAGUCAGGAUCCCCUAAAAAGGCGGGAGGGAGAAGCACUCGAGCCACAAGAAAAAGAUGGACAAUUUACUUAUGAACUAAUGAACAGAGACUCUGUUAUUGCUCUAGCGAAAGAGUCCGUAAACGAGCACGUCCCAACAUUCGUCUUCAUUUCCGCCUCUGGAGGCGCUCCAAUCCUUCCGAGCAGAUACGUCAGCACUAAAAGAGAAGCGGAGACGACAAUAUCGUCGCAGCUCCCAGAACUGCGGAGUAUAUUCAUACGGCCCCCUUUCAUGUACGACUCGAGCAGGAAAAUCACAAUGCCCAUAGCGCUUGGUGGCUUUGUUGGGUCGCAGGUCAAUGCUCUUUUGGGCAAUAGACUGAACUUUCUUGGCGCAAUGGUGGACAAGCCGUUCCAAGUGGAUACGGUAGGCGAAGCCGUAGUCGAAGCGAUGGAUGAUCCAUCAAUCAGUGGUCCGGUGGGACCGAAGAAAAUAGAAACCUUGGCCACCAAGGCGUGGAGAAAAAACAUGCUUUGAAUGAUUUCAAGUAACUCCUCGACAGCGUCAUUUCGGCGUGAUGUCCAAGGAUGUCCAAGGAUAGCCAAGUUCGAAUUUCAGGCCCGGCAAAGCUCGAGAUGAGGCUAUUUCAAGGUGUGUUAUGAAACCUCGUACUGUACAACAAAUGUAUUUUAUAUCAUGGUUCCACGUUCAAAACUGUCCCGAAUUUCCGUAGUGUACU